GGCUCGGCCCGGCGGCAUGAGCGCGGCGCGGGCCGGCCCGGAGCCAUGGAGCGGCGGGUGCUCUGCGCCGGGCUCUACUGGCUGCUGCUGCCGCUGGCGCUGCUGGCCGCCUGCAUCUUCCGCUUCAACGUCCUCUCCCUGGUGUACCUGCUCUACCUCCUGCUGCUGCCCUGGUUCCUGGGACCCUCCGAGCACACUGUAAAAGGUCACACCGGCCGCCUCCUCAAAGCUCUCCUGGGCACCAGCAUCGUCUUCCUCGUUGCCCACUUCGUUUUCCAGAUAUGCCUCUACACGCUGCCCGGCCUGGACCGGCUGCUGGGGCCCAGCUGCAGCACCUGGGAGAUCCUCGCCCGGCACGUCGGCGUCACCAGGCUGGACCUGAACGACAUCCUCAACUCGGUGCGCCUCGUGGCGCCCGACGCGGGCAUCCUGCUGGUGUCGUCGCUCUGCCUGUGCCUGUGCCGCCGCCUCGUCCCCAAGGCCGGCGCUGCCGCCCGGAGCCCGGAGUCCCUGGAGCCCCUUGAGCGGGGGGAAGAGGAGGAGGAGGAGGAUGUGGAGCGGGACGAGGAGACGCCGCUGAGCGCCAAGCUGCGGGUGACGGCCCACUGGCUCCUCCGGGCAGCCGGGACGGGCCUGGCCGUCCUGCUGCUGGCCUUGGCAGGGAUCACCCUGCCCUCCGCCUCGUCCAGCGUCUACUACGUGCUCUUCGUGGGGCUGUGCACGUGGUGGGCUUGCCACCUCCCCGCCAGCCGCCCGGCCUUCGACGCCCUCUGCGUCCUCGUGGGCGUCUACGCGGGCGCCCACCUCCUCUGCCUCUAUGUCUACCAGACGCCCUUCAUCCAGGGGGUCUUCCCGCCCCCCACCAUCUGGGCACGGGUCUUCGGCUUCAAGGACAUCGUCCUGUACGCCAACUGCUCCCAGCCCAACGCCCUGGUGCUCAACGCCGGCCACCCCUGGCCCGUCUACGCCAACCCCGGCAUCUUGCUCGUGCUCUACUACACCGUGGCCACCCUCCUGAAGCUGCGGCGCCUGGACGCCGGCGAGCGGCGAGCCGGGCCGCCGGAGCGGUGCCCGAACAGGGAGCUGCUGGAGCUGGAGAGCUGGCCCAAGGACGGCGAUGGCUUGGCUGAGGACACCAAGCCCAUGCUGUCCCCCCGCGCCGAGCCGGGCAGCGGCCCCGAGAACUGCACCGUCCACGUCCUGGGCCCCGCGCCGCAGCUGGGCAAGAAGCGGCGCUCGGAGCGGCAGCCCCUGCACAUGCUGGGUCACGUCGUCAUGAAGCAGAGCUACGUCUGCGCCCUCAUUGCCAUGAUGGUGUGGAGCAUCACGUACCACAGCUGGCUGACCUUCGUGCUGCUGCUCUGGGCCUGCCUCAUCUGGAUCGUGCGGAGCCGGCACCACUUCGCCAUGCUCUGCUCGCCCUUCAUCCUGCUCUACGGCGUCGCCCUCUGCAGCCUGCAGUACGUCUGGGGCAUGGACCUGGCCCCCGAGCUGCCCACCCGCGUGGGCUUCAUGAGCCUCGAGCAGCUGGGGCUGGUGCGCCCCAAGUACCCCUGCCUGGACCUGGGCGCCAAGCUCCUGCUCACCCUCACCUUCUGGCUCCUGGUGCGGCAGUUCGUCAAGGAGAAGCUCCUCACGAGGAAGUGCCCGUCCACCCCGCUCCUGGAGGUGACGGUCUCGGACACGGAGCCCAGCCGGCAGCAGGACGUGCUGAAGGCGCUGGGAGCCCUGGUGCAGGAUUUCUACGCCAAGUAUUGGAUCUGCGUGUGCGCCGGCAUGUUCAUCGUGGUGAGCUUCGCCGGGCGCCUCGUCGUCUACAAGAUCGUCUACAUGUUCCUCUUCCUGCUCUGCCUCACCCUCUUCCAGGUGUACUACAGCCUGUGGCGCAAGGUGCUGAAGGCCUUCUGGUGGCUGGUGGUGGCGUACACCAUGCUGGUGCUCAUCGCCGUGUACACCUUCCAGUUUGAGGACUUCCCCAUGUACUGGAGGAACCUGACGGGUCUCACCAACGAGCAGCUGGGCGACCUGGGCCUGGAGCAGUUCAGCGUCUCCGAGCUCUUCUCCAGCACGCUCAUCCCAGGCUUCUUCCUCCUGGCCUGCAUCCUGCAGCUCCACUACUUCCACCGGCCCUUCAUGCACAUCACGGACCUGGAGCACAUCCCCGCGGCCGAGCCGCAGCCCUGCCACAUCCCCAGGUCCCAGGAGCUGCACGGGAGCCGUCUGCUGCGGGAUGCGGCUGCUGCCGAGAGCGCCAGGGCCGAGGAGGAUGACUCCAACGCUGCUUCGCAGGUGCCCACCAAGUGGGGGCUGGUGCUGGAGCGCCUCAUCGUGCUGGGCCAGACCUUCUCGGACAGGCUGACCUGCGUGCAGGUCUUCGUGAGGCGCCUGCUCGAGCUCCACAUCCUCAAACUCGUGGCUCUCUACACCGUCUGGGUGGCUCUGAAGGAGGUCUCACUGAUGAACUUCUUGCUGGUGCUGUUGUGGGCCUUCGCCAUGCCCUACUGCCGCUUUCGCCACAUGGCCUCCUGCCUCUCCACUGUUUGGACCUGCAUCAUCAUCGUCUGCAAGAUGCUCUACCAGCUCAAGAUCGUCGACCCCAGCGAGUACUCCAGCAACUGCACCCAGCCCCAGCACAACGCCACCAACCUGAGCCCAGAGGAGCUGGGCAACUCCACGCUGUACCGGGGCCCUGUGGACCCCGCCAACUGGUUCGGCAUCCGCAAGGGCUUCCCCAACCUGGGCUACAUCCAGAACCACCUGCUGGUGCUGUUGCUGCUGGUGUUUGAGGCCGUGGUGUACCGGCGUCAGGAAUAUUACCGCAAGCAGUUCCAGUUGGCGGCCCCCGUCACCGAGACAAUCUUUGAGGACGUGUCCUGUGAGCACCUCGACCAUGGCCUCGUCAGCUGCGCCAAAUACUUCCUCAACUACUUCUACUACAAGUUUGGCUUGGAGAUCUGCUUCCUCAUGACGGUGAACGUGAUCGGGCAGCGGAUGAACUUCAUGGUGAUCCUGCACGGCUGCUGGCUCGUCGUCAUCCUCACGCGGCGCCGGCGGGCAGCCAUCGCCCGCCUCUGGCCCAAGUACUGCCUCUUCCUCGUGAUCUUCCUCCUCUACCAGUACCUGCUGUGCGUGGGCAUGCCGCCCGCCCUCUGCAUCGACUACCCUUGGCGGUGGAGCCGCUCCCUGCCCAUCAACUCGGCGCUCAUCAAGUGGCUCUACCUGCCUGACUUCUACACGGCCCCCAAAUCCACCAACCUCAUCAAUGACUUCGUGCUGCUGCUGUGCGUGGCCCAGCAGUGGCGGGUGUUCGUGGCCGAGCGCACCGAGGAGUGGCUGCAGGCUGCCGGCGAGAACGCGGACCGCCUCGACCUGGCACGGGACCCCCACAGCCCCACACCCAACUUCAUCCACUGCCGGUCAUACCUGGACAUGGCGAAGGUAGUGGUCUUCCGCUACCUCUUCUGGUUUGUCCUGGUUGUGGUCUUCAUCACCGGUGCCACCCGCAUCAGCCUCUUUGGCCUCGGUUACCUCCUUGCCUGCUUCUACCUCCUGCUCUUUGGCACCGCCAUGCUGCGCAAGCCGGUGCGGGCUCGCCUCGUGCUCUGGGACUGCCUCAUCCUCUACAACAUCACUGUCAUCAUCUCCAAAAAUAUGCUGUCGCUUCUCUCCUGCGUCUUCGUGCAGCAAAUGCAGAGCAACUUCUGCUGGGUGAUCCAGCUCUUCAGCCUGGUGUGCACCGUCAAGGGCUACUACGACCCCAAGGAGAUGGGCAAGGACCAGGACUGCUCCUUGCCCGUGGAGGAGGCCGGCAUCAUCUGGGACAGCAUCUGCUUCUUCUUCCUCUUGCUCCAGCGCCGCGUCUUCCUCAGCCGCUACUACCUGCACGUCAUGCUGGAUCUCCAGGCCUCGGCCCUGCAGGCCUCCAGGGGCGUCGCGCUGUUCAAGGCCAGCAUGCUGAAGAGCAUGCGCUCGCACCGGCAGGCCGAGAAGAAGUCGCUGGCCCAGCUCAAGCGGCAGAUGGAGCGGAUCCGGGCCAAGCAGGAGAAGUACCACCAGGAGCGGCUGCCCGGCGGCGCUGGCGAGGGCCAGGACGAGGCCAGACCAGAGCCCGGCGGCCAGGCGGACCCUGCCCGGCGGAGGGAGCGGUGGUGGCGGCCAUGGUUAGACCACGCCGCAGUGCUGCACUCGGGCGAAUACUUCCUCUUCGAGUCGGACAGCGAGGAGGAGGAGGAGGCGGCCGUGCCGGAGGAGCCGCGGCCGGGCAAGCAGAGCGCUUUCCAGCUGGCCUAUCAAGCCUGGAUGACCAACACCAAGACGGCGCUGAGGCAGCAGGAGCAGCGGGAGCAGCGGAAGCUGGAGCAGCCGGGGGCCGAGCUCGCUGCAGGGGACGGCGGAGAGCGGAGGGCGUCGGAGGCUGAGGGGCCUGACGGGGCCCAAAGCCAGGAGGAGGAGGAGGAGGAGGAGGAGGAGGAAGGCUCAGAGCGGGGCAACGUGGUGCAGCGGGCGCUGAACACCCUGCGCUUCCUGUGGGUGCUGUGCCAGGCCACGGUGGACGGCCUCACCCAGUGGCUCCACGCCUGCACCAAGGAGCACACGGACAUGUCCACGGUGCUGCGGGUCGAGAGAUACGUCCUCACCCAGCGGCUGGCCACGGGAGAGGACGUGCACCGGGGCGUCCUGGACGAGCUCUACAAGCCGCUGGACGACGGCCCCGAGGAGCCGAGCCAGCGGGCGGCCGCGGGAACCGACCCCCAAAACGGCGUCGCUUCAAGCGGGCGCGGAGGAGCCGACCUCGGCCAAAGGGCCGAGCGCCCCGGGGGCUGCGCGGCGCGGCGCAGCGGCGAGGAGCGCGCGCCGGCCCUGGGCUCGCGGGACGAGGUGGCCGGCUCGCGGGAGCUCCUGGCCCUUCCCCAAAACCGGACCCGCACCGCCAGCGAGCUCCUGCAGAACAGGCAGCUCCGCUUCGCCACGCUGGACGAGUCGGAUCGGUUUUACCAGUCCCACAACCGCUUCCUCAAGCUGCUGCUGGCUGUCUACCACUGCGUGGCCGCCCACUCCGAGCUGCUCUGCUACUUCAUCAUCAUCCUCAACAACAUGGUGACCGCCUCCGUCAUCUCCCUCUUCCUGCCCAUCCUCGUCUUCCUCUGGGCCAUGCUCUCCGUCCCCCGGCCCAGCAAGCGCUUCUGGAUGACCGCUAUCAUCUUCACCGAGGUGAUGGUGGUGGUGAAAUACCUCUUCCAGUUCGGGUUCUUCCCCUGGAACAGCUAUGCCACGCUGGUGCGCAACGAGGGCAAGCCCUUCUUCCCGCCCCGCAUCCUGGGCCUGGAGAAGACCGACCGCUACAUCAAGUACGACCUCCUCCAGCUCCUGGCGCUGUUCUUCCACCGCUCGCUCCUGCUGUGCUACGGGCUAUGGGACCAUGAGGAGGACCCCUUUGCCAAGAAGCGAGUGGAGGACGAGGAUGAGGAGGAGAGGCAGGAGGAAGCACAGCCCCCGGCAGCUGGCGAGGAGGGGGUGGAGGCACAGGUAGAGCUGGGGGCGCCAGAAGCGUCCGUGAGGACGGAACAGGAGGACGAUGCCGUGGGGCAGGACAAGGACAACGGGGCUGGCAGCAGUCACCUCCGCUUCAGGAGGAAGAAGAAACGCUGGAGCAAGAAGCAGAAGGAGGCUGUGGAGGAAGGGGAUGGUGGGGAGGAGGAGGAAGAGGAGGAGGAAGAGGAGGAGGAGGAGGCAAAGCAGAGCCACUCGCAGGAGAAGCUGAAGGCGUUUGGGCUCCAGGUCAAGCUCUUCUUCCUCACCAUGGCGCAGAACAUGUACCGGCCCGUGCGCAACUUCUUCUGGGACAUCCUGCACACCCAGUACCGGGCUGCCACUGACGUCUACGCCUUCAUGUUCCUGGCUGAUGUGGUUGACUUCAUCAUCAUCAUCUUUGGCUUCUGGGCCUUUGGGAAACACUCCGCGGCUGCCGAUAUCACGUCCUCGCUGUCAGAUGACCAGGUGCCGGAGGCCUUCCUGGUCAUGCUGCUCAUACAGUUCACCACCAUGGUGAUCGACCGCGCGCUCUACCUCCGCAAGACAGUGCUGGGCAAGCUCAUCUUCCAGGUCAUCCUGGUCUUUAGCAUCCACCUGUGGAUGUUCUUCAUCCUGCCAGCCGUCACUGAAAGGUUGUUCAGCCUCAACACAGUGGCCCAGCUGUGGUACUUCGUGAAGUGCAUCUACUUCUCGCUGUCAGCCUACCAGAUCCGCUGUGGCUACCCUACCCGCAUCCUGGGCAACUUCCUCACCAAGAAAUACAACCACCUCAACCUCUUCCUCUUCCAAGGGUUUCGCCUCGUGCCCUUCCUGGUGGAGCUCCGGGCUGUUAUGGACUGGGUCUGGACUGACACCACACUGUCCCUGUCCAACUGGAUGUGCGUGGAAGACAUCUAUGCCAACAUCUUCAUCAUCAAGUGCAGCCGCGAGACAGAGAAGAAGUACCCGCAGCCCAAAGGGCAGAAGAAGAAGAAGAUUGUGAAGUACGGCAUGGGGGGCCUCAUCAUCCUCUUCCUCGUGGCCAUCAUCUGGUUCCCGCUGCUCUUCAUGUCGCUGGUGCGCUCCGUGGUGGGCGUUGUGAACCACCCCAUCGACGUCACCGUCACGCUCAAGCUGGGGGGGUAUGAGCCGCUGUUCACCAUGAGCGCCCAGCAGCAGUCGAUCCAGCCGUUCACCCCCCAGGACUACGAAGCCCUGACGAACGAGUUUGAGAGGCAGCCGGUGGCCAUGCAGUUCAUCACGCUGUACAGCUACGAGGACAUCGUCACGGCCCGCAUCGAGGGCAGCUCGGGCUCGCUCUGGAGCAUCAGCCCGCCGAGCCGGGAGCAGAUGCGGCGGGAGCUGCAGAACGGCUCCUCCGACAUCACCCUGCGCCUCACCUGGACCUUCCAGAGGGACCUGGGCAAGGGCGGCACGGUGGAGCACACCUUCGACAAGCACACCACCGACCUGCAGCCCGGCGCUCCCGAGCGCGCGGAGCUCGCCGAGCUGCUGCAGGGCACCCGCAACACCCCCGUGCAAGUGCCGAAGCUCUUCCCCAAGUACAUCCGCGCGCCCAACGGCCCUGAGGCCAACCCCGUGAAGCAGCUGCUGCCAGACGGGGAGGACAGCUACCUGGACGUGGAGGUGCAGCUGAAGCGGGAGCGCGUGGGCUCGGGCCGCGGCAGCGACAGCUUCCUGGAGUGGUGGGUGGUGCGGCUGAAGGACGCGCCGCCGCGCGACGGCAACAUCCUGCCCAUGGUCAUCUUCAACGACAAAGUCAGCCCGCCCAGCCUGGGCUUCCUGGCCGGCUACGGGAUCAUGGGGCUCUACGUCUCCAUCGUGCUGGUGAUCGGGAAGUUCGUGCGCGGCUUCUUCAGCGAGAUCUCGCACUCCAUCAUGUUCGAGGAGCUGCCCUGCGUGGACCGCAUCCUCAAGCUGUGCCAGGACAUCUUCCUCGUGCGGGAGACGGGCGAGCUGGAGCUGGAGGAGGAGCUCUACGCCAAACUCAUCUUCCUCUACCGCUCGCCCGAGACCAUGAUCAAGUGGACACGAGAGAAGGAGUAAGAGGAGGGGGGGGGGGACCGGCCGCCGCUGCAGCCGGCGGGUGCCCCAGCACCAGCCCUGCCGCGGUCCCCUCCCAGGGACGUCACCGCCAAUGCCUUAAGCCAGCAGCCCCGCUGGGGGGGGGGGCCCCAAGGGCCGCUGCGUGUCCCCACGGCUGCGGGAUGGAGCCACCAGCCCCUCCGGUCGCCGUGCGGUGCGGGCCGGCACGCGUAGGGGAGCCCGGACUCCUGCUUUUAAGGAGGGUAUUUUUCUUAAAUGUCGCUUUCAAGCUGUCCGGCCUGCUCCCCCCCCCCCCUCUGGCACGGGGACGGCAGCGCCCGUGCCCCCGCCCCGCGGAGACCACGACGUGCCUUCCUCGCCAGGGCCCCGGGCAGGCGGGGGGGGGGGCAGCGCUGGCCCCGUGCCCGCCGAGCCCCCUCCCCAGCCCUGCCCCACAGCCACAUUGAACUCGAAGCAAUAGCGCCCUGGGGCUUGCGGCCCCGCAGCGCCGGCGGGCGCUGGGCUGCUGGCUGCCCCAGCAGCGGUGCCUCGCACCUCCAGCUGGACUGUAGACUUUUUUUUUUUUUAAUUCAAAUGGUUUAUUUAUACAGAUAUAUAAUAAAAGUAAAGCUGAGGCCUC